AUGGCACGCACCACUCCAAUCAAAGUCCUCAACGCCCGGUCGCCCGCCAACCAACAACCGGAUGAUGAACCCACCUCGCCCACAGCAACCCUCUUCGAACAAGAACCCGCCAGCGAGGUAACCCUCUCCAUCCACCCCGUCCCAAAAUACUCCGGCGUUCUCAUUAAAGUCCAACCGCCACAUGCUCCCCGACCACUUCCCAAUGCCGACAGCGAUGAAAAGGGCAAAGGUAAGUCCACGGCUCCGACGGCGGCACCGGAACACCUCCCCCGGACUCCCUGCGACAUUGUCCUCGUCAUAGAUGUCUCCGGCUCCAUGGGGAGCGAGGCUCCCGUCCCCGGUGGUGGUGCCGGAGACGAGCCGAACUACGGCUUCUCGGUGCUGGAUUUGACCAAGCACGCGGCUUUGACCAUCCUCGAGACACUGGACGAACGGGACCGUUUGGGGAUCGUGACGUUUGGUAGCUCGGCUAGGGUGUUGAGGGAGUUGGAAGUCAUGACGGAGAGUAAUAAGGCGGCAUGCAAGGAGGCCAUUCUCUGCAUGAACCCGCAUGGGCUGACGAAUUUGUGGGGGGGAAUGUUAGAGGGAUUGGCUCUUUUCGACGAGGCAGAGCGGCAGGAGGGAAGACUCCCAGCUAUGAUGGUUCUUACCGAUGGGAUGCCGAAUAUGCACUGUCCCUCGAGAGGCUACGUGCCCAAGCUGCUAGAAAGGAAAGAAAUCAUUCCUGCCAUCCACACAUUUGGCUUCGGCGACGAGCUUCGAUCCGGACUCCUCAAGUCCAUCGCCGACGUUGGGCGCGGCGGCUACUCCUUCAUCCCAGACAGCAGCAUGCUUGGCACCGUCUUCAUCCACGCCCUAGCAAACCUCCAAUCAACCUACUCCGACAAAACCGCUCUCCGCCUCCGUUACCCCCGCGGCUUCAACCUCCAAACCACCACCGGCCUCGUAGCCGCCGCCCCAAAACCGGCCGACGUCGAAGAAGAGGACGGUCGAAAAUACACCGAACUCACCCUUCCGCUCGGCAACCUCCAAUACGGCCAAUCGCGCGACAUUUUCCUUCUCGCCCCCGACGGUCUCGGCACGGCACCUCAUCUCCCGUCCUCCGCCGUCGAAGCAACGCUCACAUUUUCCUGCAUGACCGGCGACGUCCACACCGUUACCGCCCGAACCCCUCUCCGCCUCGAUUUUCCGGCGCCAGGAUUCCCUGACCCCGCUGAGAUAGCCUACCACGUCUCCCGCUCGCGCAUUUGCGAGUAUCUAGGCUCUCUGUACCGCCUCAAGAUCGAUGGCGAACACACGACGCUGGACAGUCAGGAGAACCUCGCAGAAAACGCCCCCAAACGCCUCCAGGCCGUCAAGAGACUCGUCUCCGAACUCCCAGCACGCGCUUUCGCCGAUGACGAAGGCCCCAACGAGUCGUUGCUCCACGAAUUGACGGAGGAGAAGGACGGACAGAUCCCGAUGGGUGUGAGUGCGCAGUAUUUCGGGACGUGGGGUGCGCACUUCCUGCUCAGUUUGAAGUCUGCGCACGAGAGGCAGAUCUGCAACUCGUUCAAGGACCCGGGUCCGCUGCAGUAUUCGAAGGAUAGCCCGCUAUUCAUCCAGUGUAGGGAUGUUCUGGAUAACUUGUUCGAUAGCCUGGAGCCUCCGCCGCCGUCGCGGGAGACUACGUAUAAGGGCCAUUACGACAUGAGUUUGUACAGGAAUGCGGCCGGCACUUGUUUUGCGGGGUCUACGCUUGUUCGGCUUCCAGGUGGACGACAGAUUGAGAUACGCAAGCUAAGAAGAGGGAUGGUCGUCGUGACACCUAAGGGGCCGAGGAGUGUGGAAAAUGUGCUUGCUACACCGGUGGAAGAUGAGAUCAUGUGUCGGAUUAGCGGAGACGUUCUCGUUACGCCGUGGCAUCCUGUUGCGAGGAGGGGCACGUGGCAGUUUCCUGCCAAGAUGGUUGCUGGGAGGAAGAAUGAGAGUGAUGUGAGAUAUAGGGGUGUCGUUUAUUCGGUGCUCUUGGAGAGGGACGAGGAUGCCGAUGCGCAUGCUAUUUCCGUGGGGAAGGGUGAUGUUUGGGGCGUUACGUUGGGGCAUGGGAUUGUGAAGGGAGGGGAUGUGAGGGCCCAUGAGUUUUUUGGCGACUAUGAGGCUGUGAAGAAAGCGCUGGAAGUGUUGGCAAACACUGGGGCGAGGGGGCAGAGUGCUGUCACGGGAGGAGGAGUGAAGAGGGAUGCGAGGGGAUUGGUGUGUGGGUUCGUGCCGUAUAAGGGUGCUGGAGGGGGUUUGAGAAGGGAUGUAAAGAAGGGGAGUAUCGAGAGGAGGGAAGUUCGUGGUGUGUCUACGAGGUGCUUUUGA